AGUCACUCUCGUUCUCCCCUUAUGCUUUGAGGAGUGCAAAAUAGAAAUGAAAUCCAUUAUUCGUGCUGCAUCACCCCGUCUGAUUGGAAUUGCACACGGCAAAUUGAAAGGAAAUAACGUAGCUUUUUUAAUAAAUAGAAAUUUUGUUCACAGUUAUUCUACCAGUACGAAACCACUAGCCACAAAUUUCGCUAAAAAUAUGGUAUCUUAUGACUAUCCUGAAGCUCGCAAGGACGAAACAAUUGAAGAAGAUUUUCAUGGAACAAAAGUAAAAGACGUCUAUCGUUGGUUAGAAGAUCCUGAUGCAGCAGAAACUCAAGCAUAUGUCGAUGCACAAAAUAAGAUCAGUCAACCCUUUUUGGAAAACUGCGAACAAUGGCAAAAGAUCAAUACUAAGUUAACAAAACUUUGGAAUUAUCCAAAGUAUGGAAUUCCAGCAAAACAUGGAGAUUUUUAUUAUUUUCAUAAAAAUUCUGGGCUUCAAAAUCAAAGUGUCCUUUAUCAGCAAGAAACUUUGUCUUCUGAACCAAAAGUAUUUUUGGAUCCAAAUGCUCUGUCCGCUGAUGGUACAAUUGCCCUAUCGCAAACUUCUUUCUCCGACGAUGGUAAAUACUUUGCUUAUGGUCUGUCUGAGAGUGGUUCGGAUUGGAUAAAAAUCAAGACUCGAGAUGUUGCAACAUGUAAAGACUUUGAUGAAGUUCUCGAAAAGGUUAAAUUUUCUUCCAUAGCCUGGACCAAAGAUAAUAAAGGAUUUUUCUAUGGUCGUUAUCCUGAUCAAGCUGGAAAAACCGAUGGCUCCGAAACACAACAAAAUGAAAACCAAAAAUUAUACUAUCAUAGAAUUGGUGAGCCGCAAGAAAAAGACGUUCUUUGUGCCGAGUUUCCAGAACAACCAUCAUGGAGAAUAGGAUCCGGAGUAACUGAUUGUGGAAAAUAUGUCAUUCUUUCGAUCGUCAAGGAUUGUCGUGAUAAUAUUCUUUACUAUGCUGAUUUGGAAAAAGCCGGAGAGAUAAAAUCAAAGCUGGAAAUUCAUGAAAUAAUAACUAAAUUUGAAUCGGAUUAUGAUGUUAUUACAAAUACUGGCUCAAAGAUUUUUUUGCGAACAAACAAAAAUGCUCCAAACUAUCGUGUUAUUUGCAUCGAUUUGGAAAACCCAGCGGAGGAAAAUUGGACAACAUUGAUACCGGAACAUGAAAAAGAUGUCUUGGAUAGUGUUAUGUGCGUGGAUGGGAAUAAACUGCUUUUGGAAUAUAUUCGUGAUGUUAAGAGUGUCCUUCAAGCCCAUUCCCUUGAAACAGGUGAACUUAUACGCAAAUUCGAUAUUGACAUCGGUACAAUUGGAAGUAUUUCUGGCGAAAAGAAAUACUCGGAAAUAUUCUACAGUUUUACAUCGUUUUUAACACCUGGCAAAAUUUAUCGAUUUGAUUUUGCCAAACCCAACGAGGAGCCAACACUUUUCCGUGAAAUAAAGUUAAACUUAGAGGGUUUCAAUAGCAAUGACUAUAAAGUCGAACAAAAGUUCUAUCCCAGUAAAGAUGGGACAAAAGUUCCAAUGUUUAUCAUAAGAAAAAACAAAGAAACCGUCGAACCACGCCCGUGCCUUCUCUAUGGUUAUGGAGGAUUUAAUAUUAGUAUUCAACCUUCGUUUGGAAUUGUUGGUCUGAUGUUCAUCGAUACAUUCGAUGGAGUGUUGGCUUAUCCAAAUAUUCGUGGUGGAGGAGAGUAUGGAGAGAAGUGGCAUAAUAGUGGUCGUUUGUUGAACAAACAAAAUGUAUUUGAUGAUUUCCAAGCAUCAGCAGAGUAUUUGAUAGAAAAUAACUACACGAGCAAGGAUCGUAUCGUCAUUCAGGGCGGAUCGAAUGGAGGACUUUUGGUUGGCGCGUGUAUUAAUCAACGUCCAGAUUUAUUCGCAGCAGCUGUUGCUCAAGUUGGAGUAAUGGAUAUGUUGAGAUUCCAUAAGUUCACAAUCGGACAUGCUUGGUGUUCUGACUAUGGUAACCCAUCUGAGAAGGAACAUUUUGAUAAUCUUUUGAAAUAUUCACCACUUCACAAUGUUCAUACACCCAAAGAUGCAAAUGAGGAAUAUCCUUCGACUUUAAUUCAAACCGCUGAUCACGAUGAUCGUGUUAGUCCAUUGCAUUCGUUGAAAUUUGCUGCCGCUUUACAAGAGGCAGUUAAAAAAUCAGAUAUACAAAAGAAACCAAUAUUGCUCCGAGUUUAUAGCAAAGCAGGUCACGGAGCCGGAAAGCCCACAACUAAACGUAUUGAGGAAGCUACAGAUAUAUUAACUUUUAUGUACAAAAGUUUAAAUGUCGACACUAUCAACCUGUGAGCUUAAAAUAGUUAACAUUUACAUUUUUUUCCUCCAAUUAAAGCAUUUCUGCCAUACAUUGUAAUUGUAAAAAUAUUAAUCUUUUUAAAUAUUUUUAUUGUUAUAACAAAAAAAAGAAGCAACAAAUAUCUCGUGUAAUAUUAAAUUAAACCAACAAAGAAAUCAAAUAA